AGAUGCGAGGGACUGUUAACUUCGGGCGCUGCUUCGUAGCUCUCGCUUGUCCCCACCGGUCUGUCGUGCUCAGCCACAGUCUCGCCCUCUGCCCUGUCCAGCCCUCCCCCGGGGUCAAGAGGCUGCGGUGCUGCAGCUGUAGCUCCUUCUGCGGGGUCAUGAAGAGGGAGCCGCCGCAGCCGCCCUCCGACGGCGGAGAGCAUCCCGCUGUGCGGCAGCAAGACGAGGUAUCCUCCGCUGCGGGAGAUGCACCUCCGAAGUCCCCGCUUUGGGUCUUCGGCUACGGCUCGUUGGUGUGGAGACCGGAUUUCGAGUUCACUUCCCGCAAGGUCGGCUACAUCCGAGGCUACAGCCGUCGAUUCUGGCAAGGAGACACUUUCCACCGGGGCUCCGAGAAGAUGCCUGGAAGAGUGGUCACCCUCCUAGAAGAUUAUGAUGGGUGCACCUGGGGUGUUGCCUAUGAACUCCGUGGAGACCAAGUUGCUGCCUCACUCAAGUACUUAAAUAUGCGGGAAGCAGUGCUGGGUGGCUACGAUACCAAGCUCGUGAAGUUCCACCCCCAGGAUAAAGAGGCUGGUGAGCCUGUCCUGGCCCUGGUUUACAUUGCUACAUCUCAGAAUCCCUCCUAUCUUGGGCCGGCAUCGGAAGAGGACAUUGCCGCUCAAAUCAUCGUUUCCAGUGGCCGUUCAGGUCACAAUAUAGAGUAUCUCCUGCGACUGGCGGACUUCAUGCGCUACUGCUGCCCUCAGGUAGAGGAUGAGCAUUUGUUUUCAAUUGAGGAGGCACUCAUCUCUAUCUUACCCUGCCUAUAUCAUGGUGAGGAAUCCUUGGUGGAAGAAUGAACAUGACUCUGCCUGCUGGAGGGGCUGAGAGAUGAUUUUUCAUCAAGGUCAAAGAGGUGAACACAAGAGAUGCACCUUUUUAAUGCAAGUAGUAGUCUGAUCAGUAGGAUCAGUAGAUGAAGUAGUGGAUAGGACAGCUUUCUCACAGCCGGUUUUUUACGGUACCUGAGUAGUGAACUAUGCUGGGAACGCAUAGCUGACUGGAAAAACAUGGCUUUAGGAAGCGUAAACCAAGCAGUGCUCUUUUUUCAUCUUCAAGAGGAAAUCAGCUGAAGAUUCAGUAUGAUUUCUUUUCAAUAUUUCUGAAGCCGCUCUCAAGCAAAGACUUGGUUGCAGUGUUGAAGCGCUACAAACUUUGCUGUACCUCAUAAACUGACAGAGCCACUGGGGUGGUGGAGACUGAAGUGUAUGAAUGUUCCAAGUCCGAGGGAUUGGCCUCAGUCUUCUCUCUCCAUCCUCCUGGACAAUGACUUAACCCUCAUGCCUAUGCCGGGGUUCCAGUGCAAUAUCAGCUCCUUGCUUUCUGUAGGCUCUAAUGGGGCCAAAUGUCUUCAUUCAUGUCUUAAAUGAAUGGUCAGUGCACUAAACUUUUUGUAACUUGAAGAUGUAUUUAUUGUAAUUAAUAUAUAUAUAUAUAUUUCCUUAUGGAAAAGC